CACAUAUUAUAUAGUCAACAAACAACUAGUAUUUGGUAACACUUAAUCUUCACACUAAAACCAGAAAGAACCAUAACAACACUAAGAUGUUGUCUCUGCUCUGUUGCUUUCUGUUUUUCCUCUCUUUUCUUGUACAUUCUUGUCUCCGCCUACGGACUCAAGCUAAAAGAUCUCUGAAAGAUGAAAAGGAGAUUGACGAGGGAGCUUAUGUGGUCGGGGAGGAGGAGACACCUACAAGGCUUCUGAGAGAACUAAUGCCGAGACAUGUGGCAGUGAUAAUGGAUGGAAACCGGAGAUGGGCCGAACGGGCCGGAUUGCUGACGUCACAAGGCCAUGAGGCUGGGGCCAAACGGCUUCUAGAGUUCGCUGAGCUCUGCUUCAAACUAGGGAUAGAAACAGUGUCAGCUUUUGCUUUCUCCACUGAGAAUUGGGGAAGACACAAGAUCGAAGUUAAAUGCUUGAUGUCUUUGAUCCAACGAUACCUCAAGUCAAAGAUCCAAUUUUUCCAAAGCGAGGAAAUACGAGUUUCCGUUAUUGGGAAUCUUGAAAAGAUCCCUGAAUCUCUCCUCGGAAUAAUCAAAGAGACAGAGGAGGCUACAAUGAGGUACAAGAAGAAGCAUCUCAUCUUGGCCAUAGAUUACAGCGGGAGAUCUGACAUCCUUCACGCUUGCAAGAGCAUUGUGAAGAAAUCCCAACAAGGUUUGAUCCGAGAGGAAGACGUGGACGAGACGUUGUUCGAGCAGGAGCUUCUGACAAAGUGUACUGAGUUCCCAAGUCCAGAUCUCUUGAUUAGGACAAGUGGGGAACAGAGGAUUAGUAACUUCUUAUUGUGGCAGCUCGCUUAUACCGAGCUCUUCUUCUCACCGGUUCUUUGGCCUGAUUUUGACAAGUAUAAGUUUCUAGAGGCCUUGAUUUCGUAUCAACGCAGGGAAAGACGAUUUGGCUGUCGGAUUUGAUCACAUGUGAUCUCCUAUGUUUACUUGAAACAAGGUUGCAUGUGAUCCAGUAUGCCCCUCUGUUCACUUUUUCUUUGUCCACUCUGUUUUUUGUUUGUUCAAAUGUGUACUCUGUUUUAUCUUAUGAUGCUUGGAAUGAAAAACAAUAUUAUUUUGAGUUGCU